AAUUAUCAUAUGAUCGCUCGUAAACAUGGCUGAAACAGCGGAAGACCACCGAACGUCUUCGGAAAAUGAGACAUCAGGAGUGACAGGUUCUGCAGAAUCUAUAGACCUAUCCUGUAUCCAUUGGGGCUACCUAAACUGUACACCAUUAAAAGAUCCAAAGAAGAUUAAGGAUAAUAUUUGGCAGACAUUUUGGGUUGAUCUGUGUGGAUCUACGCUCAGGCUAUAUAAGGAUUUGUCUCUGCCGCAAAAUUCUGCAGAUAGUCUGCCUCCUUCAAGUCUGAUUGGGCCUUCUAAUGAGAAUGAAAAGAAAGAAGCUUUUAUUGUCUUGAGGAAGGGAGCAGAAGUUAAAAUUAUAGAACCUGGAUUUGAGUCACACAAGUCACAAAAGCGAAGAUUGACGGUGAAUAGAAGACACGUGUUUAAAGUUUCCUUUAACAGCCGAGGGGCGAACUCACCAUCCUAUGUGUUCCAGGCUCCAUCCAAGGGAAGCAUGUAUCGAUGGAUUAGCAAAAUUGAGGAAGGAAUUGAUAUGUCUGACAAACCACAGAAUGAAUCUGCUACAGUUGUUUCAGCUCUAACUUCAGCAUUAACUUAUUUGAGGGGCUUUUCAUUUCACAAAAGACUCAAAGAAGCUAAACUUCUUUCAGUGGAGCAACAGAGAUUUCAUGUGGCUCCGGAGCUGAGGAUCCUUGAUAGAGACGACAUUGAUUCUGGCAUGGAAGGUGAUGUAGAAGAAGUUUAUGAAACCUCCAAGAAACUUGCGGACAAUCCUCGGCUUGAGCUGAUGAAGAAGCGACUGCAAGACUUGGAAGAUCUUGUUCAGCAACUGGAGAAAGAAGAGGAGGCGUUCUUGGGAGGAAAUCAUUCAAUCUUGGCGAGGAGGUGCGAGUUUCAGUCAACAACAAACAAGGACUAUUUUCUCAUACCAGGCCAUUCUCGGACACUGAUUCCCAAAGGAACAGAACUUACAAUACUAGGUCAGCUUCCAAACAAUCGCUGGCGAUGUUUUGUGAAGCUCCCACGAAGUAAGUCUGCGGGACUUGCAAACGGACAACACUUGGAAUCAUCUUCAGAAGUCGAGAGUAUUUCUUCAUUUGAAACCGCCGAUGAUGAAGAUGUUACGAACACUGGGGCGAACACGGACACUUUAAUUGGAAGCGUUCCGAACAGUCUACUUAACGAUUUGAUUCAUUUGGUUCCGUGUAAACUAAAAUGUGAAGACGGGACACCCGUAGCUUCCCCGGGGGUUACCCCUCAAUUAUCCCCCAUCCCAUCUCCUCCUCAGUCCCCUUAUUCCCCCCAUAGAAACAAUCGGGACUCGUCCCCUAGUAAGCGAAGUUCCUUGCGUAGGUCUAUAGCGAGUGAAAAUCUUAGUGAACAGGAUAUAUGGGAACAGUUUUGUAUUCCGUCCCCUCCCUCGUCGCCUGUUACGUCACGAUCAACCUCCCCCUCCUUGUCUCUCUCUUGUUCUCCGGGUGGAUCACUAGAGGAUCUGGAUUUUGUUGACAAGGAAAACUGCGAGACUGUAAAGCCCAUGAAAAAUAGAGAACAUUCUGAAGUAAUUCUCAGACGAGGGAGAGAGAAAGAUGACAGAGAUUUCUCAAAACUGAAAAGUCAUAGAGAAGCUACUUUUAUGAUCGACGACAUUCCAGAGACUUACAUUGGAAGCGAUUCAGAAGAUGACAAAAUGGUGACAGUGAUUGAUGAGGUGCCACCUCAUGAGGUAUUGGCUUCUGAGAACGUUCAACAAGAACCAGUCAAAAUGCGAGUUAAAAAGGACCAAUCGCAUCGCGAUUCUGAUAGUAAAUCAAUUGCUGCUCUUCAACCAAACUAUGCCUUUUUGGUCACAAAGAAGUUACGACAGCGAGGGAUAAGCUUAAUUGUGGGAUCUUCCAGUUCAGAAGAUGAAAACGAUGACGACAAAGAUAAAGAACUUCCUUCAAGGCUAUCACAAAGGCGUCUGGACAAAGAAUUCCUACGGUUUGGAAGCGAAGGAACAGAACAGGGUGUUCGGCCAUACUCUGGAUUUGUCUCGAGAAAACAAGUUGGAAUUACCCUAAGUACAGAGGUUCAAAACUUUGUUCCUCGCACGUCCACGAGGAACGAGCUUCUCCGAGACUACUCGUCACCUUCCGACACGCCUCCGACGAUAGUUCGCGCAAACACGCUCACCACCAUUGAGAAAUUGGGAGACUGGAGUUCGACAGAGAAUGCUCCGCCUAUCAAUCAACGUCGAACUCUUCAACUGAGCAAAGCGAGUUCAGCAGGAUUUGGUUUCACUCUGCAGACGUACGGUAUCGUUCAGCAAGCAGGUCAAGUGGAGCACAUGACUUUUAUUCUCAAAGUUGAAGAGGAUGGACCGGCGUACAUGGCGGGACUCAGACCAGGAGAUAUCAUUCUUGAAGUUGACGGCGAAAAUGUGGAGGAAGAGGAUCAUAAGGCAGUGGUCGCACGGAUUCACCAAGCUUCUAUAUCAGUCAGAUUGGUGGUAGUAUUUGUAGAUGCACUUCGAAGAAUGAAGUUGAACACGAGGUUAAAGUUACUCCAGGCUCAAUUGGCGGACAAGGAAUUCUUAUUUCAAGAGUUGUGUAAGAGAGAGGAGCAAAUACUCCAAGGGAAAGGAAUUUCCUCCUCAGAGAUGUCUUUACCGGAUUUACCUCAAGAGAGAACAAAUUCUUAUCUUUAUACAACAGAAUUAACCAGUUGUUUUAGUAAACAAUCACCAAACGUUCACGACAGCAUUUUACAGCAAGCUUUAAACAACAAAGAACCUCGUCGUAGGUCUCUGCCAGACCAAGUUGAACUGGGAAAACAACGAAUUACUGCGACCACUGGAUCUGAAAUGUUAAAAAAGUUUUCUUCUCCUGAUCUGAGCGCACAGCGGCGCAAACCAAUCAGUGCUAAGCUGAUAAAAGGUUUCCGUAAGAAAAAACCAUCAGAAGAAAGCUUUAAGUCGUACUUGGAACUCGAUUUGGACACUGAGAAUCCUGAUAAAGAGGAGGAAACCGAAGUUUUUGAGCCAGCGGUGACCACCGCUGAAGCGUUAGCUGUGGCAGCGUCAGACGAACCCAGGACUUUAGAACGAGAAACUCCAAUGACAAGCGAUUUUAUUCCUUUAGACGAAAACCCAAAGUUGAGUUCUCUUUUACGUAGCAACAGUGAGCAGAACAGUUCUCCUACUCUCUACAAGGAGUUUUCGGAAAAUCCUGAUGUGUCAAACAAAGAUCGAAUUGCACCAGGAAUAGCUCAGAUGAAGAAACGGUUCGAAAAAUCCUCGUCAUCGAAAACGUUACCGACAAAGUCUCCCAAGCCGGUGCAGGUGAAAUCGAAUGGAAGCACUCUUGACUAAUGCUCUCCGAAUGGCGGAAUUUCAGCAAUCUGGCUCGUCAGCUCGCCCUGAAUCCCAUUUAUUAGCCAUGAACUCAACCGGGGACAAACUCCUUCUUCCCAAAGACAGAAAAAUUAACUUGAAAUAAGAGGUGAAUUUAGGCAUCAUUUACACGUGUCUUUUUGCACCUCCCCUGCCGGAUAAGGAGGCUUGAGUCGGAAUGCUGCCAUGGGGAAAACAAUUUGAUCACUGAGGAAGGUGGAUUUGAGUGCAUGAAAUUCUUCAUGUUCACACAUGAGGAACGUAUCGUGAAAUUAAAAGUCCCGACGAGUAUCAAGUUGCCUUAUCCCUUACAUCUCUCUUCACUCCGCUCCCCUGUACAGAAAUCCGAGGUUCGGCGGGUGGGAGUCGUUAAGCCAAUGAGCCGCUUUACACAAAGCACGAAGGCUCAUGCUAGAAAGUCACCAGAACAGUUUACUUUUCGUUAAGCCUAUCUACAGAUGAGAAUUUGAAUUGACAGAAGUUUUUGAGAGUGAAAUUUUGUUAUUUCGUAUCGCAAUCAAGAGAAUCAACAAAAAUGAAUUUAAAUAACGUGCAAGUGCAAUAAGAUGUAAUCAAAUCGCAAUUUAAUUACAACCAUAAGAAAAGCAUUGAAUUAAUUCACCUUCAGAUAGAUUAUUCAGAACGACAGAUAUUUGCAAUAAAAAUAAUUGAGUGGAUGAUUUGAAA